AUGAAUCGAAAUAUACCGAUUGGAAAUAAAAUCUGUGCCACAAAGGAAAUCUUUUAAAAUUAAGUAAUAUUAAAUCAACAUCUCUUAACCAUGAGACCAUAGAUUAAUACAAGUGCACCAAAAUAAUAUGAUUUUCUAAAAAGUAAAAAAAUUAAAGAAGCUAUUAAAUAAUAAAAGCAAUAAGAAAUAGAUAGGGAAAAUCAAAAUCUUAUAUCCAAAUUAACUAAUAUUAUGUAACCAUCAUAAAGUAAUAUAUCUUAUUUUAUAUUUGCAGAUAACACUAUUUCUACACUUCCAAUUAACAAAACAAGUACAUUGAAUUUCGUUCCCAAAAAGUCUCUAAAUAAAGAUCAUAGGAAAAAGGAAUUGAUUAAAAUUGUUAUGGAAAAUUAACAGUUAUUGAAGAGAAUAUAGGACUAAAAGUCUUAGUACAACGUUAAAGAUUGGAAUGAAGAGAGAAAAUGGGUUGAAUAACACAUUGCUAAUAUAUCAGAAUAUCCUUAUAAGAAUUUCAAACCUACUAAAACUCUUGUUCAAUACUGGACAAACUCAAGAAUUAGUGAAUCAUAAUUAUAGAGUAAUUGUUAAAUAUUAUAUAUUAGAAAGAGAAAAUUGUAUUAACAGAAAAUUAGAUCCUUUGAUUGAAAGCAAAAGUCAAUAAACAAAGUACUGAAUAUUAUAUAUUCAUUAAGAUAAAGAACAAGAUAAGAAAAUAAUGUAGAAUCUAGAUAAUUAUUAUAUUAUUAAGACUUCUAAUAAAGGUAAAGCUUAUUUGAAUCUGAUUUUUAACCUUAUGAGCCUUAUCAAGAUAAAGUUUCCAAAAUUGUUAAUGAAUUGAUUGAAAAACCAUAGAAUACAGAAGAAAAAGUAGAAAAUAAUCAAUAAAUCAAUCAAUAAUAAGAAAAGUCUAUCUAAGAAUAAGAUGAAUAAAUUUAAUAGAAAAAUAUUGAAUCUAAUUAGCAAUAGAAUGAAUAAAUUGAUAAUAAAGAAUAAGAACAAAUAAAUUAAGAGACAAUUAAUAAAGAUUAAAGUUAAAAUAUACAAUAAAAUUCUCAAAGAAAAACAAAUGAUGAAGCAAAUCAAUAAGAAAAUUAACCUCUCAAUUAAAUACAUCAAAAUAAUCAAGAAAUAUAAACAAUAGAUUUUGAAUAAUAAAAUGAUGAAAGACAAGAUUAAAAGGACAGUUAAGAAAUUUAAGAAUGA